AACCUGCUUUAUUCAACGUCAGUGUGGGACGGUGUUCUGAAAAGCAAUGCGUCCUUACAAGUUACAGGAAAGAGGAAGAUCGACCUUCCAUUGGUGGACCUAAGGUGCCAUCCGUGGCGAGAUAUGUAUGUGGGAGAAGAGGAGGCAUGUGUCUUUCUAUCAAAAUGCUCUGCAAAGUAGUUUAGAACUGCGGCAGGUGGCCUGCACCAAAGAAUGCUGACACGGGGGCAAUCUGGUUUUGCGAUACGCCGUUUGCUGUUUGGUGGUAGCGUACAAGGGUGGCAGCAAAUUUGACGGAAGCUUAUCGACAAACAUGGCUACGCGAAGUCGGAGGGCAACACGUGGUAGCAAUGAGGCAAUGCUGCGUCAGUUCAACGAUCAAUUGCAAACAGCAAAACGACAGAUCAGAGCUAUUGCAGGAGACGGCAACUGCAUGUUCAGAGCAGCGGCUGACCAACUCUUUGAUGAUGACGACAGGCAUAUGGAAGUACGGCAGCUAACAGUGGACUACAUGCUGAAACAUGAAGAAGAGUUCGUCUCCUUUCUUGCACCUGCGACAAGACCUGCAUAUAAGAAGUAUUGUGCACUCAUGCGCAAAGAUGGACGCUGGGGAGGACACAUUGAGCUCGCGGCUCUGUCAAAGGCAUACAAGGUCUCCAUAAUUCUUCAUCGACUUGGGGAGAAGCCAAAGUUGCUCAUACAAAACGAAGGGGACACGAAAGAGAUUCAACUGGCUUUUCAUCAAAAUAUCAAUGAGCACUACAACUCGGUGGUCAAAAUCAGCGACAGCGAAGGGCGAGCAGCACCCUCAAGGAGAGCUGGGAAGGAGAACGUUUCACCGGCAGGGGAGCCCCUAAAGUCCGAAGCACCGGCAGUCUCUCGAGGUCGAAAGACGCAGAAGCAGGCAAAGGAAACGACACCAUCUCCGCUUGGGAACCUCCCGCCCGCAAAGCCAUCCCCUCUAGCAAGCACCCCAGAUCUGACAGCAGAAGGAGCGUCAAAAAAGCUGCAUAACUUGCAGUUGUCAAGCGGAAAGCCGGCUGCCGCGGAGGAUACUGACGUGGACCUGGAUAGCAUGACGCUAGACGAACUGAAAGGGCUUUAUAUCAGCAUGUUCGAGCAGAAAGGCAGGGGGAGAACCGUCCGGUGGUAUAAAGAGCGUAUCCUGGCAGAGUAUCGAGUCCGUGAAACGCUUCAAGAAGACGCCGCUGAGGAUUAAGGGUCUACCUGCUGUAGCAAAACGACGUCGAGCACACCUGGUUGACAGUGAGAAUCUUCCAAACGGCAAUAGCUUCAAGAAACCUAGGCUCGAUCACGUGAUGUACAAUUACGUCCCUAGCUCUGACAACAAUGGACACAGAUGCGCGUUGCUAUUCCGCUCGCCGGACGCUCCUGCUAAGUCUCACCGCGCCUGUAGGCGACUGGCAC